CCUCGGUGCAGCUCCAAUCCAGUCUAGUGGUCGUAGUUAGUCUAGUGCAAGUGCAAAGUGCAAACAAAGAAAAAAGAAAGAGGCAGCCAGCAAGAAUGUGCUUCGAGUUCAGCUCCUGUUUCGGCGGCGGCAGAAAGGACGACUACGGCGGCGAGCGGUCCAACCACAGCGGCUGCGGCGGCCUUCACCGCGCCCGUAGGGGGUACCGCAAGAACGGGAACGGCUACAACGCGGCCGCCGACGACCACAAACUGGCGACGGCCUACGACCACCAGCGGGCUCUUGACGAGGAGGGGCGCAAGGCCAACCACGAUGGCGCGCGGAAAGCUGAUCACGCCACCGUGGUCGCCGGCGCCAGUGUCCACGGCUACUCUGCUGCCUACGCGCCAGACAAGGCCCACGAGAAGCCAAAGCUUCCUUCGUCGCAAAACAAGGCCAGCGACGACGCCGGCUACGCCGACAACACCGCGCGUCUCCACCAAGCUGCCGCUGAUCAUAGGGAGCACGCCGCCAUGGAUUACCACCACCACUACCCAUCCACUACUACCACUCUCGUCAGGUACUAGAUAGUUGUUAGGAAUAGGAAUAGCUAGCAUGGCAGUUUAUCAAUCCAAAACACUACUGUCUCUCCUUCUGUUCUGUUAGGUAGCUCUGCUUUUCUACUCUCUUUUUCGUUUUUC